AUGGCUACCCCUAGUGUCCUUACUUUUGAUGCUGAGGGCCGUGCCAUUGACUUUGAGGUCUGGGUUGAUGACCUCCAACUAUUUCUCCAGUGCGAUAGGGCAGACGGCCUCUCCCUCUUUGACCUCACUUCUGGUGCCUUUCCUGCCCCUGCUGCUGAUGCUGACGCCACUGUUCGCUCACAGUGGGCCACAUGCGAUGCUGCUGCUUGUCUUGCUGUGCGUCGCCACUUACCGACCACUGAGCGUGCACACUUUAGCCAGUACAAGAGUGCUCAGACCUUGUAUGAUGCUGUAGUUGCACGCUACUUCUCCCCUGCCACUACUGCACUGAGCCGCCUCAUGCUACCGCCUCUCCUAGUAGCAGAGAAGAGCAUAGUUCCUGUAGGAGCCUCUCGUGGUGACCCUCGCACCCCCGUCUUUGAGGGGUGUUCCCCCUCCCCCCUUUUGCCCUCUGUUGCCUUUGCUAAUGCGGCCGACCUCGUUGGCUUCGAGUCGGUUGGCGCUGCGUCAGCCCCUAGCGGGAGACGCCGCCCCGGCAAGGGCAAGGGGGGCAAGGGCGCUGGAGGGGCUGGCGGGGGUGGUGGAGGUGGCGGUGGAGGCAGUGGAGGGGGUGGGGGUGGUGGUGGGAGUGGUGGCGGGGGUGGAGGUCGGGGAGGGGGUACUGGUCCGUGCACCUACGUCCUACGCACUGGCGACCGCGCGGGUGAGCAGUGCGGGGGUGCGCACCCCAUCCAGCGCUGCUUUGGCCGCCUGAUGGAUGCUUGGCGUCUCCAGCUCCCUGAGGCCACUGAGAUCCCUUGCUGGGGCGAGCUGUCUAGGGCGGGCGUAGAUGUCUUUGACCUUGACUUUGAUGCUAUUCUUGCUGCCAUGUAUGCUGUGACUAUUAGUGAUGAGGGUGACUAUUACCGGUGUUUUCCGCCCGACCCGGGCAUUGAGACUGCUGCUCUAGGUACUGGUGAGGCUGCUGCUAUAAGUGCUAGCGAGGCUGUUGCUCUAGGUGCCAGUGCGUCUGCUUCCUCAGGUGCUGAUGAGUCUGCGCUCUCAGGUACCGUGUCGGCUUCGGCCUCCCACACCUUCACCCUUGACUCGGGGGCUUCUUGCUCCUUCUUUCGAGACUGCACCACACUCACGCCGCUUGGUUGGCCAGUUGCAGUCUCUCUGGCAGACCCCUCUGGGGGUCCUAUCCUUGCUCACUUCUCCACUGUCCUCCCGUGUCCGGCGGCCCCCUCUGGCACCCUGUCUGGUCUUUACCUCCCCUCGUUCUCUAGAACUUGGUGA